CUCACGGCCUCCGCCCGCCGCCCUGAGCGCCUGAGGGGGCCGCGGGCGGCCCGGCCCUGCGCGGAGCGGAGCCGGGCAUGCGGGCGGCGGGAGCGGGCCGGGAGGAGGAGGUGGGAUGCUGUCGCGGAAGAAAACGCGGACGGAGCUCUCGAAGCCCGGCGAGGUGCAGGGGAAGUACGUGAAGAAGGAGACCAGCCCGCUGCUCCGCAAUCUGAUGCCUUCCUUUAUCCGUCACGGUCCGACCAUUCCAAGACGAACUGAUAUCUGCCCUCCUGACCCAAGUCCUUCUGCUUAUGGCUCUGGUGGAGAUGGAGCUGUUUCCAGAAACCAGAGUUUCCUUCGAACGCCGGUGCAGAGACCGCCACAGGAAAUAAUGAGGCGUGAAAGCAACAGACUGUCUGCGCCUUCCUACUUUGCUCGAAGUUUAGCUGAUGUUGCCAGAGAAUAUGGCUCUUCCUCCCAGUCUUUUCUAACAGAAACCAAUUCGGUUAUGGAAAACGGAGAUGCUGGCACACGUUGUUACUAUUAUGAUCACCUCUAUGAUGCCCAGAGGAGACGGCAGUUGAAUGAUCGCUUGCAUGAGGACUACAGGUAUUACGAGCACAGCGGGGAGCUUUUCCAGAGGAUGUCUCACAACCAUGGGCGGCGCACCUCAGGCAUCGGGAGAGUUGCUGCUACAUCUCUAGGAAAUCUAACAAAUCACAGCUCUGAAGACUUACCUCUCCCCCCUGGCUGGUCAGUGGACUGGACUAUCAGAGGAAGGAAGUACUACAUCGACCACAACACCAACACAACGCAUUGGAGCCACCCCCUGGAGCGGGAGGGGCUGCCACCAGGCUGGGAGAGGGUGGAGUCUGCAGAGUUUGGAGUGUAUUAUGUGGAUCACAUCAAUAAGAGAGCUCAAUACAAACAUCCUUGCGCCCCCAGCGUUCCCCGUUACGACCAACCUCCCCCAGUGACCUACCAGCCCCAGCAGGCAGAGAGAAGCCAACCCCUCCUCGUCCCUGCAAACCCCUACCACACUGCAGAGAUUCCAGACUGGCUGCAGGUCUACGCCAGGGCUCCUGUCAAGUACGACCACAUCCUGAAGUGGGAGCUGUUCCAGCUGGCAGACCUGGACACGUACCAGGGCAUGCUGAAACUGCUCUUCAUGAAGGAGUUGGAGCGCAUUGUGAAGCUGUAUGAAGCCUACAGGCAGGCACUGCUCACUGAGCUGGAGCACCGCAAGCAGCGGCAGCAGUGGUACGCCCAGCAGCACGGCAAGAACUUCUGAGCUGCCCCACGGACACAGGGGAUGCCAGGAGCUUUCAGAAGCCCCCACAGUUCAUAAAGAAGUGCUUUGGUUGAAAAGGCAGCUUAUUUUUGUUGACAUUGCACCUUUGUUAUUAUCCUCUUGAAUAUUUUUCUACAUGUAUUAUGUAUUGUUUAUACAAAUGAGAAACGUUUGUUAAUCUUUUUCCAUACAAAAACUAGUUUAUUAUGCUGAAAACCAGCGUGGAGUUGGAGCAGAGAAGCUGAUUCUGCUCUCCUUUUCUAGCAGUCGGCUGUAUUAUGGAGAAGCUGACUGUAUAUUUUUAAACAGCAAUAGAUGCAGUUACCAGAGAGGCCCUGGGUGCAAAGCACCGCUGCAAUCCCUGUUGGUAGUGCAGUGUGUUUCCCUCAGGCCUUCCUCUGAGCUCUGCCUACAGCUUUAAUGGACAGCACACUGUUCCUGUACCACCAGUCCUGCACCACACAGAGCUGCCAUGUGCUUCACACCAGUGAAGUGGGAGUUGCCUUAUUUUUUACUUCGUUCAACACGUUGUUCCUUUAGCUUUCCUAUUCCACCUCACAGAUGGCAGAGGGGGAAAUGCUGACCCUCCUUAAGGACCAACCUCACUGCAGAGCUUCCCCAGUGCAGUGUGUGAGCCCCAGCACCGCACCUGGAAACGUCAGGGAUGGGUCCCCCACCUUCUUCUUUCUUACUGCUCUUUUUUAACCGAGCUGUGUCUUCUAUUUGGUUUCCUUACCUGGGGGAAAUUUUUACAUGUACAGUGAGUGACCCUCACCGCUGUUCUCAUUCGGUUCAUUGAUUGUCCUGAAAUGUUAUUUAUGGAUUCUUUUUAGUGCAAUAAAAACAUGGUUGCAGACAAAAAGAAAAAGACAUUUCUUGUAAAUCCUAUUAAUUCAAUAAAAAUCACUUUGUUUAAUGAGC